AUGGGUCACCUACGCAACAGUCUCGAAGCGGGCGCGCCCACCACCAUGAUCUCCCCAUCUAUCGCUCGCAUCGCCGCUACAGAGGCCCGAGACUGGUCCUUUGUCGACUCCUGGAUCGCCUCGCAGUUCCCGGGCCGCCCGCAUCAGCAGGCGCCACCGCCCUUUGAGCGCAACCCCGAUACUCUGCGCGCGCUGCUCGUCCUCAUCGCCUUCCACGACACGGCCUCCGAGGAGGCGCGUCUUCUGGCUCGAAUAGAACGCGACGCCCUCACCGAACUGUCUUCCCUCGACGGCGGCGGCGGCGCAGACUCGGCAGCUUCAGCAACCACCGCCUGCCCUGCCACCCUCAGAGACUCGCUACUGGACAUCGUCCAACAGGAGCUGCCCAAGGAGGGGAGAGUCGCGCUCCACUCCAUGGCCUCCAUGGCGGUCGCCGCCAAGAUCGCCUUGCCGGAGCCCGAGGAGCUCGCCGCCGCCGUCCUCGACACCCAGUGCGCCAUCUUCGAGGCGGAGCAGAUGACGUCUCGAGCUGAGGUCUUGGAGCGCCACAUCCACUCGGAGGUCGAGCACGCCAGCUCUGUGUUGAGCGAGAUGCAGGGCGAGGCCUGGAGCGCGCCUGAAGGCCUUGGGAAACGCAACCUAGAGCUGCAGCGCACUGUAAAGGCCAUGACCGCCCAAGUACCAGAGUUUGAGAACAGCGUCGCAUCGCCAAAGUCCCCCGACGCUUCCUCGGACUUCACAGUGCAUGAUAUACUGCGCCAGGAGCAAGACUACCUCGCCUUAGUGGAAAACAGAAAGGAGCUUGAGAAGCGCAUCUUGGUAUUCCGCGGUCUACCGAGCGACCCAGACCUAGCGAGGAAUGAGUUGAAUGCCUACAGGAAAGAGCUUCAAGGCAUCACCUCGCGCCGAGACGCAGCCUUCCAGGGCCUUGUGGGGCGUGAAACGCCAGUGAAAAGGAGGUGA